UGCAUGGCAGCCUCACAAAUGUGCAAGCUUCCGUGGCCAGUCCAGCUUCCUCCCAACUCCCAACCAUGGCCGCAACUUCCCUCCACGUCUCUUCUUCUUCCGCUUCCCGCUAACAGAAGAAUCGAAUCCCAAACCUCUAAACCCCAAUGGCGAAAUUCUCAAUUCGACCCCAUAAUAACCCCUUUCUCCCUCACCGCACUAACCCUCACAGUUCAAUUUCCCACUCGGUUUCCGCCACUCGCUUGGUUUCUCACCCCCAACUCCUUCGAUUAAGCCUCCGAGUUCGUUGUAGCAUCAAGGAGAAAGAAAAUGUUAAGGGCAACGAAGAACUUCCCCCUGUUCUUUCUGGGCUAAAAGUCGAUGAAUCGGAGCAAACUGAGUCUAUUUCGAAAUUUGAAAACGGUUUGAGCUCUGGAAAUGGGAUUGAUGAAGUGGGUUUUGAUUCGAAUUGGCCGCCGUGGAAGAACGUUCCUGAUAGAUAUAAAAUGAUAGGUACUACGGCGCUUGCCUUCGUUAUUUGCAACAUGGACAAGGUGAAUUUAAGCGUUGCUAUAAUUCCAAUGUCGCACCAGUUUGGAUGGAAUUCUUCUGUGGCUGGAUUGGUUCAGUCAUCUUUCUUUUGGGGUUAUGCUUUGAGUCAGUUGCCUGGUGGGUGGCUCGCCAAGAUAUUUGGUGGGAGAAAAGUUUUGGAGAUCGGAGUACUGACUUGGUCGCUAUCCACUGCACUCGUUCCAUUUCUUGCUGGAUAUAUGCCUGGAUUAAUUUUAUCAAGAAUUUUGGUUGGCAUCGGAGAAGGCGUUUCACCAUCAGCUGCAACCGAUCUUAUUGCCAGGCAGGUUAAACUUGCAUAAUCGUUA